UCGCUUAACUAUCGUUCACUCUCCAUUGAUCGAUCACUUCAAAUCGAUAGCUCUUGCGCUCAUAAUACGCGCUAGUGACGAUACUUUGUUACCCUCUCCCAUACAACGACAUCACCAAAAGUAAGCUCCAUCUCCAUGCGGUUUGCAUCCCCCGGAUGAACGUCCUGUACGACGUCACUGCAAGGAGAAUUUCAACGACCGUUCGUACACCGUUGGGUUUUCCUCUAUUUUUCGGCUACACCGCAUCAGACGUGACGCAGUACGUGCGAGCAUGAGAGAGGUGACCGAGGUAAAGCCGAAAACCGAUAUAAAACCAUCGGGACUCGGGGCACCACGCUUCUGUCUGUCAUCGUGCCGCGAGACAAGCAGACAACACCGUGCGUGCUGCAUUACAACGGAGCGAUCCUACACCCGGUGGUCCAAGCUUUCGGUGCUGCCUUGAUACCGCGGCCAACGCGUAUUUCACGCCCGCCGUGUCGAGUAAACCGCGUCUAAAGUUACCCCGUUCGUGGGUCUGGGAAAGGGAACAAGCGAACGGACUUUUUUUUUUGUUGGUGAGUUUUAUUUUCGGGAUUGUGUAAUCCAAAAAGGAACAGUGAAAAGAGAAAGUUCAAAUGCUUUUCGAAACCUACCCCACGGACGGUCCGAUCUCGAAACAUUAAAAUCCAGAGGUGCAGAAGUGAUCAUUAUAUCCCAGUGAAGGUGCGUGUACUUGAGGCGCGCGCGUACGUGUGCGAGUGUAGAAGUGAAUGUAUGUGCAUGCGCAUUUUGGUGCAGUUUGCUCAAGUGCCCAAAAGUGUUGAGUGCGGUGAUUAGUGUGGCCAAGAUGACGGUGGGCAUCACCAGCACGUUACAGUUCAUUGCCGGUAAUUCGGCCCAGUACAUGAAGCCGGGAUCGAAUGAUCAAUCACAGCAAGCGGCGGCAGCUACUAAUGGUGGUACCACCAACUUCCCGGACACCAACAACAACGAGCUUGAGGAUGACCGUAGCGUAAGCAACAAGGAUAUUGACAGCUAUCUCAAGCACUACAACCGUUGGCAGCAGUCUGGCUGGGGCCGCACACUGUCGAAGUUGCUAAAGCAGUACGUCGGUUACGAGUUUGAUGCCGAAAUCAAGUGGAACAAUGUGCUCAUGAUCGGGAUCUUUCACGUGAUCGCUGUCUGCUCCUUUGUGUACUACGUAUGGCAGGCAACACUCGUCACCUAUCUAUGGGGUUUUUUCGUUGGGGGCUGUGCCGGGUUUGGGGUAACGGGUGGCGUACACCGGCUCUGGUGCCAUCGGUCGUACAAGGCCAAGCUGCCGCUGCGCAUCAUUCUGAUGUGCUGCUACUCGAUCGCCGGCCAGAACACGAUCUAUGACUGGGUCCGGGAUCAUCGCAUCCAUCACAAGUACUCGGAAACGGACGGUGAUCCACACAACGCGAACCGGGGCUUCCUGUAUGCGCACGUCGGCUGGCUGAUGCUUCGCAAGCACCCGGAAUGCAUCAAGAAGGGCCGACUGAUCGAUAUGUCCGAUAUCAUUAGCGAUCCGGUCGUGAAGUUCCAUCACAAGAACUUUGUUCUGAUGAAGCUGCUGUUCUGCUUUAUUCUACCGACAUUCAUACCAUGGUAUUUCUUCGGCGAAACAUUUGUGAUGGCAUUCUACAGCCAAUGUUUCAUCCGGUACGUGCUAAGUCUUAACUUUACCUGGCUGGUCAACAGUGCCGCUCAUCUGUACGGCAACCAUCCAUACGAUAAGCGCAUCAAUCCAGCGGAAAACCGUGCUGUUUCCGUGGUGGCCAUGGGCGAAGGAUGGCACAACUAUCAUCAUGUGUUCCCGUGGGAUUACAAGGCAGCAGAGCUGGGCAACUACUCGGUCAAUGUGACCACCUUCUGGUUGGACGUGUUCUCCAAGAUCGGUUGGGCGUACGAUCUGAAAGAACCGUCCAAAGAUCUGGUACGGAGAACGAUCGAGAAGUACGGCGAUGGUACACAUAUUACAGCCCGGAUCGGGCACAUGGAAGAGGUUCCUCCACCUGCAGAUUCAUAAGGAUUCCAUCCCCAGUGUACAUCGCAAGCCAAAGUUUCUGCCUAUUUCCUCCAAUACGGUCAGGUUUCUGUGUAUUGUUUUAACCUUACUUUGUAAUAAAUAUCACCUUCUAAAAACGAA